CACCCGCCCCCCUCUCCACUCCACACUUCCUUUAUAGUCUAUUCUUGCUCUCUCUGCAAGACUCCAACGAGUUUUUCGUGGCCUCUCCUCUGCUCCUCUUCUUUGGCUCACUUCAGUGUGGAGGGAUUUUGAAGGAGGUUUCGGGAGGAUGCUGUGCGGCCGGAAGGUGAUGAGCUUCUUCUGGAGGAAGGAUGUGAGGAAGUUCCUCAAGCGCAAGGACAGCGACGCCGGCGAAACAGGUAGAGCUCUUGAGGAUCUGCGUGCUUCCCUUUUUAGUGAGCUGCGCACAUGCGAGGGUGCCAAGCAUUUGCAGCAACGGAUUUGCGGUCCAACAGUUGCCUUGUCUUUUAAUUUCCUAGUUUCUGUUGGUAUAAUUAUGAUGAACAAAUUGGUGCUUGGGAGAGUGGGGUUCAAUUACCCAAUCUUUCUAACCUUUAUUCAUUACAUCUUAAGCUGGGGUUUAAUGGCUAUAUUGAAUGCCUUCUCACUCCUUCCAGCCUCACCUCCUGCCAAGUCGACUCCAUUUUCUUCUCUACUAGCCCUUGGCAUUGUCAUGUCACUAUCUAAUGGCCUUGCCAACGUUAGCUUGAAGUAUAAUAGCGUGGGAUUCUAUCAGAUGGCUAAGAUUGCUGUUACUCCAACAAUUGUUCUUGCCGAGUUUAUGCUGUUUCUGAAGACCAUCUCUUACCAGAAGGUGAUGGCGCUAACUAUAGUAUCUAUUGGUGUUGCUGUUGCAACAGUUACAGACCUUGAAUUCAACUUCUUUGGUGCUUGUAUAGCAUUGGCAUGGAUUAUACCUAGUGCAGUUAAUAAAAUUCUAUGGUCCAAUCUACAGCAGCAGGAUAAUUGGACUGCCUUAGCUUUAAUGUGGACGACAACACCAAUCACGCUGUUCUUUUUGGUUGCCUUGAUGCCUUGGCUCGACCCCCCUGGUGUUCUCUCCUUUCACUGGAACUUUUUCAAUACAUCAGCUAUUUUCAUGUCAGCUGUCUUUGGUUUUCUGCUCCAGUGGUCGGGGGCUUUGGCUCUUGGGGCAACAUCUGCAACUUCUCAUGUUGUUCUUGGACAGUUCAAAACAUGUGUUAUCCUUCUUGGAGGGUUCCUUCUUUUCAAUUCUAAUCCAGGUGUGUCAAGUAUCUGUGGAGCCAUCACAGCUCUUGCAGGGAUGUCCUUGUACACAUACCUCAACAUGCUUGGCUCUCAUCAACAACAAGUGAAAGCUUCUCCUUGGCAAUCAUCAUUUUCUUCAAUAAACUCUAAGCUUAGCAAGGAAAGUAGCGAUCCCCAUGACGGAAAUUGUACCACCGAAACUGUCUAAGGGGCAGAAUCAACUGUGGGAACACUAUAGCAUUCUAUCUUGUGGAUCCAUAUAGAGUGAAGAUAUUAGGAUUGUACAGAAAGUGUAAGUCAUAAUAAAUAGGAAGUAAGCAGUUCAAGUUUUGGUUUGCUUUUCUCCUACUGUUUCUCUUCUUUCUGACAAUUUAAUUUUCAGUACAUAUUGAUAAAAUUAUACUUAUCCGUGUAUUCUGUACUACCACAAAUGUAUCUCAUAACAGGAAUAUAUCAUUCCUGGAUACUUAUUGUAAAGUUGUACACAUGCAAAGUCAACUCUAAAGUUUUCUUUAAGAAAAAGAAUUACUUCAACCAA